CAGUAUCUGGAAUCAUACGACUAAAAGAUCCAGAGAUACCUUGUAACAGAGUGCCAGCCAAAUCCACAUGGCAUCAACCAACACCUUCCGGUUACUUUUACGACCACAAGUGGAAAUCCUUUCUGUGUUAUUUACCGGAUCAAAUAGAAGCAACAUGCUUGCAGAAUGUGAACAUGGUAUCCUAUGGCGACUCAAACGCCAGAAUUUUCUAUGAAUAUGUUCAGAAAAGGGUUGCAUGCUCGGAAUCAUCACUUGUAAAGGAUGGAGACUGGAAGGUCUCAAAACUGUGCAAGAACGAGAAAUUGAAUUUUUCAGUAGCGUACAAGUCACACUCAAGCCCAUUUCACAUCGGAGAGGCGUUCCUCCAGAAUUACAACUGGCUUUUCUCACCCACGGCAGUGUUUGACUCCAUACCCUCCACUGGCCGCCACAUUAUAUUUAUGAGCCACUACCUUCACUACACCAGCUACCACGUCAGCGUCUAUGAGAUGGCCAUGGUGGCGCUACGGAAUGCCAUCGUCAAGCUGUUGAAGCGGGCGUCAGACGUGCUGUUUAUUAUAAGGGGACCUCAUGUCGCCGAGCUGACCCCCUACACCUCUUCGCUAGGGGAUGCCUGGGCCGAUGAGCUACACAAUAUACAAAGACGGACGUUCAAGGAUCUACAAGACCAUGUCCUAUACGUACCAACGUGGGAUAUAACUAUAGCAGCAGAGGACACACACCAUCACCCAUCCUCCAACGGCAAAAUAGGUCACGUGAUGUUACAGUUGGUGUGUGGGAGAACAAGGAAUUCUUCUGCAUUAACAUUCAAUAACGUUUGA